CCAAGACAUUGUAUUUUUAACAAAUUGAAUUAAUCUCGAGUUUUUGAGUUUCGCGAAUCGAAAAUAAAUUCGGAAAGUCUCAGAUUUUGAGUCUGCUAGUUGAAAUUCUCUUUUUCUAGUGUCAAAAAGUACAAUUUGGGUGUACAUUUCGAAAUAAAGUUUCACCGGAACCGGGACCGGUUAUCGCUUGAAACAGUAAUUUCGUCUCGAGAGCGAUUGUUUACGUUUCACGUUUUUUUUUCAAAAUAGUUUCUAAGCUCUUGUUGAAAUUUGAAAGACAAAUUGGGACUCGCGAAUUGCAAAGUUAUGGCAGUUGUGUUGAUGGAAGUCCUCGAAAUUCCGGUUGCCUAAUUUGUGCGCAAUUGAAAAAAUUCAUCGCAGUUUUUAAGAUUUGUUGACAUCUUUCAGGAAGAAUAUUUACUGAGGUUGAAAAACGGUAUGGACGUGAAAGAAAUUGUGCCAAAAACAAAAAAAAUGGAAGAUUACGUGGCGGGGACAAGACCCGCGAAGAAGAAACGGAACAGAAGGUCGAAGUCGAAGACAGCAUCAAGCGCAGAUAUGGGCAAGGAUGCUGUCUCGCGAAAUUCAGACACUGACCCAGAAUAUUCACGAAAUCCAAAAUUCCUGCCCGUAUCGGCCAGCAUAACAGUGACAAGUUCGACCACUGUAUGGAACGCGAACACGAAUGCAGCAACUGCCUUGUUUCCAGAGGCACAGGCUCAGGCUAUUCAAAUUAUUGAUGAGGAUGUCCUGUUGAGUGCUGCUCUCGAGGAGAGCAUUUUGACAGCGCGACUGGAAACGUUCAGAACGAGUGAGGCGACGAGGGUCAAUUGGGCUGACGAUUCAGAGGAUCCAGAAUGGGUUUCAGCUUAUAAUCAUCAGUUCGAAAUUUCGGAUGACAAGGACAAGGACACCGAGAAAAUCGAAAAGAAAUCUCAGGAUGAUAAUAAUAACCGCGAUGAUAAAUUUGGCAAUUCUCGGGAUGAAAAUUUGUAUUCAAAAGAGAUUGAUGAGCAGGGAAGAGUUGGGAAUUUCGCAGAUCGAAAUUCUGGAUUGGGAAGUGGAGCACGUAUCAAGGAGCAGGAAAUUUUUGGUCAUGAGAGUAAUCGAGGUUCUUUCAAUCGAAGACCACCGAAUUAUGUGCCCGAUAGAAAUGAGCCUGAUCACUUUGUGAAAUUUGAUUCGUAUGAUAAUAGAAGCCGAGGUCAGAGGGAUCGAAAUUAUCAAACAUUCAAUCAGCGGCCCAGAUUUGAGAAUCAAAGUUACUCUCAGAGAUAUGAUAAUCAAUCCCAGAGACACGAUCAAUCACACAAACACGAUCAAUCAUACAGGUACGAUCAGUCACGGAGAUAUGAUCAAUCACACAGGUACGAUCAAUCCCACAGGUACGAUCAAUCCCAAAUGUAUGAUCAAUCACAAAAACAUGAUCAAUCCCGAAAAUACGAUCAGUCCCAAAAAUACGAUCAAUCACAGAGGUACUAUCAAUCACGCAGGUACGAUCAAUCCCAAAAGUAUGAUCAAUCACAAAAUCAUGAUCAAUCCCAAAAAUAUGAUCAAUCCCAAAAAUAUGAUCAGUCCCAAAAACACGAUCAAUCCCAAAAAUACGAUCAAUCCCAAAAUCACGAUCAAUCGCAGAGAUACGAUCAAUCACACAGGUACUAUCAAUCCCAAAAGUAUGAUCAAUCGCAAAAACAUGAUCAAUCACAAAAACCCGAUCAAUCCCAGAUACACGAUCAAUCCCAGAGAGAUGAUUAUCAAUCGCAGAGACCUGAUAAUCAACAUCAAAGAUAUGAUAACCAUCAUGAGAGGAGCGAAAACAAACACCAAACAUACAACAACCACCAUUAUAGGUACGAUAAUCAACAACGACGUUUCGACAAUAACAAAUUUGGUAAGAAUCAACGCCGGGAUUAUCGAAACAGGGACCCAAAUCCUGAUUCCGCUUUUCAUCAGGAAGAAUUUCAAGACCCAGUGUCAAACAAUUUACAAAUCAACCAAGAGCAUUCACCUGACGAAUCUCAACGAAAUAUUGCCCUCGAGGUUCAGCAAGCCCCCGAAAAGGAGCAAGAGGACGAGCCCAAAACACCGGAAUCGAAAGUCUCAAUAUCCGAGCUAAAACCGGAAGAGGCUAAUGUCCGUGAGAGUUGUGCGAGUUUGCCAAAUCCGGACGAUCCCUCAUCACUCUGCUUCAUGCAGACGAGCUUCAAGGAGGCGGAAUCUUGGGAAAAGGUGGAGGACGAUCAUCUCUCGGAGAGUGGCUCUGACAGCUACCAGGAGGCGUCGCACUUAUCCAGCAAUCCCUUUAUUGUCAAGGUCCCAAUUCAGAUUCUCCAUCCGUCCAUGAUGUGCCAGACACCCGAAGUCAUUCCAAUUCACAAUCUCUUCCCGCAUAAUAUGCCCGCACAAAAUAAAGUCCCACCUCCCAUGACCUAUAUUGCCAGCAGCAAUCCCUUCAUUGCGGGUGCGCCCCUGGCAAAUGCCAAUUUUCCCGAACAGCCGGAACUUCCGCCGGAAACGUGUCUGCCGAUGCAAAAUCUCGACAUGAGGUACUUCAAUCAGCCUCUCGUUCACAAUCAUCCCUUGAUGCCCCUAAAUCUGCCAAUUGGAAUUCCAUCAUGCUCCUCUCAUGUUCAAAUUCCAGUUGGAAAUCAAUCCGGGAUAAAUUAUGUGAAUUCUCUGAAUUGUCAGUGUCCGCAGCAUCUCUGCAAUCGACUUCCGGUCCCGAGUCUCAACUGUCCAAGUCCCUAUCAUCCCCAAUUUACCAGUUUCAUGACACCAAUGGGUCCAGUUUUGAUGCCAAUUGUUACGCCCGUCAAUCCGGAAGUGGUCGUUCCGUCCGAGGAGUUGAGGAUUCAACCGGAAGUGGCGGAUAAUGAGCGAACGGUAACGAAGGUCAUUGAAAAAUCGGCGAACAAUCUUGUCAAUCUCUGUGAGAAUCUUCCGGCGCGACGCGCCAAUUAUCCGCGACAUUGUCCGCCUGGAUUUGAGAGCAAUAUUUUUUCGACGAUUACGACAAAUCCGAAGAAAAUUAUCUGCGACAAGAGGAAUAAUGCGCUGCCGAGUUUUCGUAAUAAUUCGCGCGAUUUUGGAGAUGAGAAGAGGGACAAGAGUGCGAAGAAGACGGAGGAAUUUACGGAUGAGAAAUUGGCGGUGAUUUUUAACGAUAUUUAUAAUUCUCCAGCGCCAAGACCUGGAUUUCGAAUUGGCGUGGGUCGCGGGAAAAGAGUUGGACGUACUGAUUAAGACCUGAAUUAUCAGGUAUUUCUUUUUUAUUUUUCUUUCUUUCUUUCUUUAUCUUUUAUUGAUGAGAUUUCUGCGGGAAAAAAAAGUGUGUAUUUGUUGAAGAAGCUGAUGUUUGAUUAUUAUUUUUUAGUUUUAUUUCACUAGUAGAAUAAAAAUUGAGUCGUUUUUUUCUCUCAGGUUUUAGUGAAACUAGUCUGAUUUAGAGGUUUAUUAUGCGAGGCGAUUUGCCAUAUAGUUUUUUUUUUUUCUAUUUUUACAUGUUUUUUUUUUCCUCGACAG